AUGGCAUACGGAAAUGAACUGGCCAGCAUGCAUAUUGGCCACCAUGAUCGCGAGGUCAAAUUGUUGCGCGAGAAUAAAAAAGGGCCUUGGUCUCGCUGCCAAACUUCAUUUAACAAUGGGAUUGAACUUCUCGGGGGCCACCAAACACACAUUAUACAAGUCACAACUACUCAAGCGAAGACGGUUGGUGUCUCAGAUGCAGCAAUCGAACUACAAUACAAGAUGCCCAUAUUGUCACAUGUUGCACGCAUGGGUUGCUUCACUCCCUCCACCUGGUUCUUUGGCAUGAACUUGAUGACUCUAAAGCAGAACAACGGACGCAUAAUCAUCGUGGAGUACUUUGCUUCGGCAACAGCUAUUAUCCUCUGCGCCGCCUACCACUUGGAGAUGAGUCACAAGACGGGCUAUGUGUGGUUUCUGAAUCCCUGGCUCUCGGACAAAUGGUGGGAGGCACCGGGCAUACUGCCGCCACAGUGUACGGGUGAACAGUUGGCUGAAAUGAACUCCUACUCCUUCACUGUUGGUCACCAGCUGCACACGGGCGCCCUAGCUGACUCGCGACUAAAAAUAUCUCAGGACAGUGAGUAA